UGUUGUGCGUAUGUCUCGUCUCGUAAAUCGCGGAUCACAAGCUCUUUGUUGGGAAUCGCGCCAAUGUGAGAGUGAAAGUCUCAGAAUAAGAAGCUUUACCUCACAAUUGAAACAUAAUUAACUAUACUCGUAUAUAAUUAACCGGUAACUACAAUUUCCUGCUUGGAGUGGGAGAGAGAGAUCGAUUCACACAAAAAAUCAAAUAACAAUGACGGCCAAUGCUGAUUUGAAUACCAGUGCAUCUAAUGAGGAUAAUGCACAGACAACAACAACAACGACGACGUCAACAACAACAACACCAACAACAGCGAUUACAAUUCCAGUGCCCACAGUGCCCAGCGAUGUUAAUAUAUCGCCAAUGCCAAAUGGGAAUCACAAGAGCACAAUUGUGAUUGAUAGUCAGCCAAAGCGACGCGUCAGCAUUAUCUCCGAUCCGCCAGUGAUCGGCGUCAAUGGCGCCUACGACAAUCCCGGCUACGAGCAAAAUCCUAAACGCAAAAUAUCACAGACCUCAACACAUUCGCACACCGACAUAGGACCGGCGCGAAGGAAGAGCAUAUUGAAGGAUCCUGUUAUCCAUGACAAUGAAAGCGAUCGUGCGUCUACAAACAGCUAUGACUACAGGCAGAAUGCGCUGGACGUGCUCAAUGCCAAGUACAAUAGUCAACAACAAUCGCAGGGCGGCAGCGGCGGCGGCAACAACUAUGUGGAGGAGUCAUGGAUCUACACAUUCUGUUUAAAGUGUCGCGGGGAGGAGCCUUCAUCGUCGUGGGAGCCACCAUUUUGGCAAAAAUGCUUUCCAUAUCCCCUCUGUCCCACGUUCCGCACAUUCUCACGUCUGGUAGUUCUCAUAUUGAUUGGGGUUCUGAUCUGGGUCACUGCCUAUGUCAUCAUUGGGAAGUCGGCUGCCCCUGGAGGGCAGCUCUUUGGCUUGGUCGUACUGACAGUGGCUGCGAAUUUUGGCGGCUAUUUGGUAUCGUUGGCGACGCUGCCGCGUUUGCUGGGCAUGCUGCUCACAGGCAUACUCUUUCAGAACCUGGGCUGGGUUGAUCUGGAUGGAGAAUUUUCGACGGUUACAGCGCAUUUGCGGAAAUUCGCUCUAACCAUCAUCUUGACUCGAGCUGGCCUCGAAAUGGAACCCGCUGCCUUUAAGAAGGUAUACAAAACUAUACUUAAGCUGGGCCUGGUGCCCUGGUUGAUAGAGGGACUGGCUAUGGCAGUUUUGUCACACUUUCUGCUCGACUUGCCCUGGAUGUGGGGCUUACUGCUGGGCGCUAUUAUUGCCGCUGUCUCUCCGGCCGUCGUGGUGCCCUGUCUGUUUCGGUUGCGAACCAAGGGCUAUGGCGUCGCCAAAGGCAUUCCCACGCUGGUUGUGGCCGUUGCCGGUGUCGAUGAUUCGGUAUCAGUGGCCUUGUUCGGCAUCAUCAGCACUGUUAUGUUCUCGGACAAGGGUCUGGGCUAUCAGAUUGCACAGGCACCGGUCUGCAUUAUUGGCGGAUUGGGCUUCGGUGUGCUCUGGGGCUGUAUGGCCCGCAUAUUCCCGGAAAAGGGCGAUGCCUAUGUGGUGCCAUUGCGAACGCUGCUGCUCUUCACCGGCAACUUGAUGGCCAUCUAUGGUAGCGAGACACUGGGCUUUGAAGGCGCCGGUCCGUUGGCCGUCGUCUUCUCCUCGUUCGUUUCAAAUCUAUUCUGGUGCAAAGAUGGCUGGGAUGUGGAAGAUAAUCCCGUUUCGACGGGCUUCGAAAUAUUCUGGAUGAUAUUCGAGCCCAUUCUGUUUGGACUGACGGGCGCCACGGUGAAAAUUAAUGAGCUGGACUCACACACGGUUUCCCUUGGAGCCGCCUGCAUUUAUGCAAGCGCAUUGCUUCGCAUCUUCACCACAGUGGGCAUCGCCUUUGGUGAUCAUCUCAACUUGAAGGAGAAGUUCUUUGUCUCCUUGUCGUGGAUGGCCAAGGCUACGGUGCAAGCUGCUCUGGGGCCCGUGGCUCUGAAGCACAUGGGAGCUAAUUCAACGGAUGAGGAGCGCAGUUGGGCCACCACCGUGCAAACGAUUUGUGUGCUCAGUAUAGUUCUGACCGCGCCACUCGGCGCCAUCCUCAUCUCCAUAACCGGUCCGAAGUUGCUGACAAAGACAAAGCAGCCGCAGAUUCUUGAAGGUUGGCGUCGCAGUCAUCGUCCGUCCAUACGCGACAUUAGUAUCAUCGAUGAGGAGGAGGAGCGCGAGGAUCCCGAGUUGCCAGCUGACAAGGAAACUCAGGAUAAUACUCAGAGCAAUGCGCAUAUACCGAACAUUUCCUAUACCUAUAACAAGUAAUCGACUAAAAACACGAGUCGUGCAGCAUUUUCGCUGUUGUUGAUUUAAAUUCGAAAUAAAUUAGUCAAUUUUUAAUAUUCGAA